AUGUCUUCCCUCGAAGCCAAGAUUGUUGUGCUCGGCUCCCAGGGCGUUGGCAAGACGUCUCUGGUUACGCGCUAUUGCAAGGGAGCAUUCAAUCCGGCGCAGACCACCUCUACAGUGGGCGCAAGUUUCUUGACGAAGCGUGUUGUGGAUAGUGACACAGACACAGUUGUGCGGCUACAAAUAUGGGAUACCGCCGGCCAAGAACGAUUCCGCUCGAUAUCGCGACUCUACUACCGCGGCGCCAACGCCUGCAUUCUAUGUUACAGCAUCACAGACGCCCAGUCUUUCGCCGAGAUGGGCCUGUGGCUAACCGAACUACGGCGCAACCUUCCGCCAGACGUCGUGCUCCACGUCGUCGGCACCAAGGCUGACAUUGUCGCCCGCGACCCGAGCCUGCGCGAGGUACCCUUCGAGCGCUGCAUAGCAUACGUGGCCGAGAACCUGGCGCCGGGCCAGGGUAACACACCACCGCCGACCGCGACUCCUGGCCUGAUGAGCCCUGCGGCAGGCCUGUCUGGAGAUGUGGGCUACAGCACCAACAUGGGAGGAAUGCUCGGCGAACCGCGAAGCCCGAGUAGUAAACGGAGCUCCGGGUUUUGGGGGCAAGAGGUCGGCUGGGAUGCAUGCCAUGAAAUCAGUGCCGAGAGCGGAGAGGGUGUUGAAGAGGUUUUCCGGGUCGUCACAAGGAAAUUGGUCGAGCAGAACCGCAAGAUGGAACAAGCGCUUCUUGCUGCGACAGCGACGCCUGGUACUCCCUACGACACCAUGCAAAACGGUUAUUUCGACGGGGUAAACCCCAGAGGAAGCUUCAGGGUUGGACGUGACAGAAGGAGCUGGCUCUUUUCACCCGCCUUCACCCCCGCCGUGACCAUCGAGAAUCCGGCGCAGAACAGUGCAGAACAGAGGAUACAACAAGAUCCAAGGAAGAGUAGAAGCAGAUGCUGCUAA